UGCCUGAUUCCCUGUAACUUCACUUCUCGCAGUGCUUGGUGCUGUAUUUGUUCAUGGAUUGAAUUGAUGGCAGCACAGCCCUUCAUGCAAAGGACCAAGGCAUUAAAGGCGGUUUAGUCUCCACCUCCAGAGAACAGAAACCUUUGUAGAAAGAUGCUGUAACACCGCUGAAAUCUUGUAGCGGGAGCAGCAAAGGGAUGUGAAGUCACCUGGUGACCAAGAUGACUCUCUUACCAGGCGAAAAUUCGGACUAUGACUACAGCGCCCUGAGCUGUGCUUCGGAUGCCUCCUUCAACCACCCUUUCUUUGCUGAAACAGAAACGCUCAAGGGAGUCUUUUACCAAAGGGCCAAACUCAUCCACCCCUCAGAAGAACUAUACGGAAGCAUUCGCCCGGAAGACCGGAAGCAUCACAUCAUCAUCAACGUGGGUGGCUUCAAGUACUUGCUCCCAUGGACCACUCUGGAUGAGUUCCCCAUGACCCGCUUGGGGCAGCUGAAGUUCUGCAACAACUUUGACGACAUCCUCAACAUCUGCGACGAUUACGACGUGACCUGCAACGAGUUCUUUUUCGACCGUAACCCCGGGGCGUUUAGGACCAUCUUGACUUUCCUCCGGGCAGGGAAGCUCCGGCUCCUGAGAGAGAUGUGCGUGCUUUCGUUUCAGGAGGAGCUGCUGUACUGGGGCAUCGAGGAAGACAACCUGGAGUGGUGCUGCAAGAGACGGUACCUGCAGAAAAUGGAGGAGAUUGCAGAAAUGAACGAAGCGGAGGACGAGUUCGCGGACGGCGAAAACCAGUGCGAAGCUGUGGCGGAGACGAAAGCCGGGCGUUGCAUGAAAAGGUUGCAAGACAUGGUGGAGAGGCCUCAGUCUGGGAUUCCGGGGAAGGUCUUUGCCUGUUUAUCAGUGCUGUUUGUGACGAUCACUGCCGUCAACCUUUCCAUCAGCACCAUGCCUGGCUUAAGAGAGGAAGAGGAGAGAGGCGAAUGUUCUCAGAUGUGCUACAAUAUUUUCGUAGUGGAAUCUGUCUGCGUGGGGUGGUUUUCCUUGGAGUUCCUCUUGAGGCUCAUCCAGGCGCCCAGCAAGUUUGUGUUCCUGAGGAACCCCUUGACCCUGAUCGAUAUCGUUGCCAUCCUCCCCUACUACAUCACCCUACUGCUGGACAGCACUUCGCUGGGCAGCAACAAGAAGCCGACCUCCGGCAACAUCUACCUGGACAAGGUGGGCCUGGUCCUCCGCAUCCUGCGUGCCUUGAGGAUUCUGUACGUCAUGCGGCUGGCCAGGCACUCGCUGGGCCUGCAGACUCUGGGGCUGACGGCCCGCAGGUGCACCCGCGAGUUCGGGCUCUUGCUGCUGUUCCUCUGCGUGGCCAUCGCGCUUUUCGCGCCCCUCUUGUACGUGAUCGAGAACGAGAUGGCAGACUCUCAGGAGUUCACCAGCAUCCCUGCCAGCUACUGGUGGGCCGUGAUCACCAUGACGACGGUGGGAUACGGUGACAUGGUACCCAGGAGCAUCCCAGGCCAGGUGGUGGCCCUGAGCAGCAUCCUCAGCGGCAUCCUGCUCAUGGCCUUUCCCGUCACGUCCAUCUUCCACACGUUCUCGCGCUCCUACAUCGAGCUGAAGCAAGAGCAGGAGAGGAUCAUGUACAGGAGGGCGCAGUUCUUAAUGAAAACAAAGUCCCAGUUAAGCAACGCAUCACAGGGGAGCGGCAUGUUUCCGAGCCUCUCUUCAGAGACCAGGAAUGACGGCUGAAACGGAAGUUUCCACGUCUGCCCUGUUGCCGAGCAAACAGCGACAGGAUUUCUCUCUCUCUCUUUUUUUAAUCUCGGCAUUUGCUUCUGGAGGCUUUGGGGAGAGGUGGCAUUGUACAAAUAAACACGCAAAGGGCUUUUAGCCAUUAUGACUGUGGGGACUUGGUUCAUCAUUAUGUUGUAUUAGCCUUGCUAUUAGGGGGUGGGGGAUAAGAUUGUUGCUUUCCAGUAGGUUGCACAAUUUGGGAUCAUGAAAUGGAGAUUUGUUUAUUUUUUAAAGGAAGAGCAACGUGCAUCGUUAACCAAAAGGGGAACAGUGUAAAAUUACAUACUGGGCACAGCUGUUGCCAUUUGUAAUGUAAAGAGGCAGGCAGUUUUCCAAGAGAGAACUGACUGUGAAUGUCAACAUUCUGAUCUUUCGGUUAAUUGACCUUUUGUUGUUUAUUUUUACCAAACCUUGUGAACUAUAACAUCUCGCAGAUCCAGAUUUAAUCCUUGGAUGUAUAACCCCGUUGUUUGUACUGGAGUUAGGAAGUCUGUGGGUCACAUUUGAAGCAGGCUUGGGAAUGUUUGAUUUUCUUGCAGCUCCACCCCCCCACACACACACUUGCUGACCUCCCAAGCUUCAAACAGAGGACACAUCAAGCAGUUUUGGAUUAUAUUCUGAAGAUAAGCAAUAGCAGUGCAUUUUCAGCUAUAAUUUAAAUUGCAGCAGCGAGCUGCUUGUUUCUAAGGCCACUUCUCAAUCAGGGCAUUUCAACCUACAAUUCUCAUUGGCCCCAGCAAGCAUGGCCAGUGGGGGAGGGGUGAUGGGAGUUGUAGUCCUACAACUUCUGGAGGACUACCAGUUCUCCAUCCUACCUUCAAUGAAGCACCCGCUUACUGCUGAGUCAAGUAGCAUUUCCUGAUAGGCAGUCAGGCACAGCCCCAGUGUCGCUGGAUGUGAUUUCUCUCUUCUGCGAGAUGGCUCAUUAUGUAAAGUGUCUCAUACCCGGUUCCAUCAUGUAUCCAGUACCAACAGGAGCUCACAGCUUGCUUUUAGCACCAUUUCCCUUCAGACUGGUUAGGCAUAGAAAGGAGACUUGGAAGGGGGGGAAGAGCUUUAUAAUUCCCCUCCUGAGUUCUCGUAUGCAUCAUCCUCUGAACAUUUAUGAGAAAACAUAUGGCAGUCAUCCUCUUGUCUCCAGGAUACUGAUUGUGCUAGAUUGACCUGAUACAGCUGUCCUUCCACACCCUCUAAUGUUAGUAACACAAAGCUAGAUAACAGAAAAUCCAAACAGAAUAUGCACCCAAAUGCCACACCAGUCAUUGUCUCACGGUUGUUUUCUUUUGCACAGGAUAGAAGGAAAUAAAACUCGCUAUGUCUUAAUCC